CCGCCUCCGCCUCUCCGAAUUCUUGCAUGACACAUCACAGUGACCACCACACCACAAACCCUCCACCGAGCUGAAAGAACGUCUCACAGCUUCUCGGUCUGAUCAAUUGCGUUGCCCGUUGCCCCUCCCAACCUUUAUUCGCCUUCUUCGGCCCCCAUUCUGGCCUCAAUAUUCUGCCUGCCCUGCCUGCCUGUCAACCGCCCCUCCGCCUUCGAGAAAACACCUGUCCCUUCCAUAGAACAUCAACAAGGGUUCGGUGACCACCUUUGUUGUUGCACCGCUUUCAAUCCCCCUCCAUCCCACUUCUCACUAGCUGACCGGUACCAACGGCCACUACUCUCACCAUGGCGGCGGCUGCGGCUCUUCCAACCUUCCCCAGACUGGUCUUCACCGUCUUCGAGCCCAUCUCACUCGUCGGCGGUUUCCUAGGCGCCGUUAUCAACCCGGAUUGGUUCAUAUCCGAGCAGAUCGUGCAGGGCGCCAUCUCGGCCGCCGUGCCAGCUGCGGAAUCUGAUAAUGCCCGGCUCGUGGCCCUCCAGCUCGGAAAUAUAUACCUGCUCAUGGCCAUGGUCGGACUAGCCGUGCUCAACCUCACCAACGAGCUAAAGGUUGUGCGCGGCUAUCUCGUUGCUCUUUGGAUAGCCGACCUUGGUCACAUUUACGUUUGCUACCAUGUUAUGGGCCUCGAUCGCUUUCUCGACGUGGCAAGCUGGAACUCAAUGGCCUGGGGCAACGUGGGAGUCACGGCCCUUCUCUGUCUGACUAGGACCACUUACCUUUUAGGCCUCUUCGGAAAGGAUGCUCCUCUCAAGAACUCGGAAAAGAAGCAGCAAUGAUAGGAUCUGAAAUUAGGACUCUCUCCGAACGGGUUGGGCCUCUGCAAUAACCGUAGCCUCAAGUGAGGGUCCUAAAUCGAGACUGUUCGGACGACCUAUAGUGCAUUCACAUGUAUAGAGUGCUUCUCUAUCUAGUGCCCAUUUAUUCCCGGUAGAAUCUUCGGGAGUAAUGAGAUUCAAUUGAGAGAAGCGCAAAGAGUGCUCUCAAUCAGUGUGUUUCUGUGUUUGCCUGUAGUCGCGAAGCAGAACCCACUUAUACGGCCGCUCGUCGUCACACGAGCUCUUACCCACAACCAAAGGGUCUAAAACACCAACACCAGUACCUUCGCAAUCGUAUAAUUAUCACACAAUAUUCUCAAGCAAUACAUUGAAGAAGAGUUACUUAUACAUCAUGG